CACCGCGUGACAGCCAAUAGCAGAAGCGAAAGCGCAUCCGGGUGCUGAAGCAGCCAAUUGUGGCUGAGCGACGAGUGAGCCCGAGAACCAAUCAGAGCGCCGCUGCCAUGGCCAAAAAAAAAAAACCAAAAAACUUCCAAUGGUGACUACAGGGAGAACCGGGCAGCUGCCAAUGGGCGUGCGCGUUUCAGACGGCCAAUGGGAGGAGGCGUCUCGGUGGGCAACAAGUAGAGGCUGCCCGCGGGGGCGGGGCGGGGUCCGGGUUCGUGCCUGAGUCCCCCCCGGAAGGGUGAGUCCGGACGCAAGUGCGGAAGGGGCGCGGCCUGAGGUCUGCAGGAAGGAGACGCGGGGACUGGCAGCGCUUGACAGGCUGAACUUGGAUGGCAGCACCUGGUGCCUCGGGACUGCUCCAAUGCCCGCUGGGUCCGGGUCCAGUGGAGAUGAGCAGCAAGGAGGAAGAAGGCUCCCGAAAAGCCCCAUCCCCAGGAUCUCACCUGAAACAUGAAUAGGUCUACGCUGAAUGUGGAAUAUGUGGAACUACAAUGAAACAUCACAACCAUCUUUUGAUGACCCUGAGGAUCUCCCUUUUCCAGAUGGGGAAACUGAGGCCCGGAAUCGCUAAGUGGCUUGCUUGAGUUGACACAGGGAGCUCCAGGAUUCGCCCUCAGCCGAGCCACCGGCCGGGAACAUGCCUCUGCGCCAUCGGGGAACAGCCAAGGGCGGCAAGCCUGUUGGGGAUGGAGCCCAGCCCGUGGCUACCAUGGGAGGCCUGAAGGUGCUUCUGCACUGGGCUGGUCCAGGCGGCGGGGACCCCUGGGUCAUCUUCAGCAAGUCAUCGCUGACAGCUGAGGAAGUCUGCAUUCACAUCGCGCAUAAACUCGGUAUCACUCCUCCCUGUUUCAAUCUCUUCGCCCUCUUUGAUGCCCAGGCCCAAGUCUGGUUGCCCCCAAACCACAUCCUAGAGAUCCCCAGAGACGCAGGCCUGAUGCUGUAUUUCCGCAUGAGGUUUUAUUUCCGGAAUUGGCAUGGCAUGAAUCCUCAGGAGCCAGCUGUGUACCGCUGUGGGCCCCCAGGAGCUGAGGCAUCCUCAGAUCAGACAGCACAAGGGAUGCAACUCCUGGACCCAGCCUCAUUUGAAUACCUCUUUGAGCAGGGCAAGCAUGAGUUUGUGAAUGAUGUGGCAUCACUGUGGGAGCUGUCGAGCGAGGAGGAGAUCCACCACUUUAAGAAUGAGAGCCUGGGCAUGGCCUUUCUGCACCUCUGUCACCUCGCCCUCCACCAUGGCGUCCCCCUGGAGGAGGUGGCCAAGAAGACCAGCAGAGGGAACAGUGUCAUACAAAGGCCCCGGGGCAGAAGGCAGCAGAGGCCUCUUUACAGCUUCAAGGACUGCAUCCCGCACUCCUUCCGUCGGCAGAUCCGGCAGCACAACGCCCUGACCCGGCUACGCCUUCGGAACGUCUUCCGCAGGUUCCUGCGGGACUUCCAGCCAGGCUGCCUCUCCCAGCAAAUGGUCAUGGUCAAAUACCUGGCCACACUCGAGCGGCUGGCACCCCGCUUUGGCACAGAGCAUAUGCCCGUGUGCCACCUGAGGCUGCUGGACCAGGCUGAGGGGGAGCCCUGCUACAUACGGGACAGUGGGGAGGCCCCUACAGACCCUGGCCCUGAGUCUGCUGCUGGGCCCCCCACCCACGAGGUGCUGGUGACAGGCACUGGUGGCAUCCAGUGGUGGCCAGUACAGGAGGAGGUGAGCAAGGAGGAGGGUUCUAUCAGGGGCAGCGGCAGCAAUCUCCAAGCCAGCCUGUCUGGGAAGAAAGCCAAGGCUCACAAGGCAAUCGCCCAGCCGGCGGACAAGCCGAGGGAGCCGCCUCGGGUCUACUUCUGUGACUUCCGGGACAUCACCCAUGUGGUGCUGAAAGAGCGCCGUGUCAGCAUCCACCGGCAGGACAACAAGUGCCUGGAGCUGAGCCUGCCUUCUCGGGCUAUGGCGCUGUCCUUCGUGUCACUGGUGGACGGCUAUUUCCGCCUGACAGCCGACUCCAGCCACUACCUGUGCCACGAGGUGGCUCCCCCACGGCUGGUGAUGAGCAUCCAGGACGGGAUCCAUGGACCCCUGCUGGAGCCAUUUGUGCAGGCCAAGCUGCGGACCGAGGAUGGCCUGUACCUCAUUCACUGGAGCACCAGCCACCCCUAUCGCCUGAUCCUCACGGUGGCCCAGCGUAGCCAGGCACCAGAUGGCACGCAGAGCUUGCAGCUCCGGAAGUUCCCCAUUGAGCAGCAGGCUGGGGCCUUCAUACUGGAGGGCUGGGGCCGGUCCUUCUCCAGUGUUCGGGAACUUGGGGCUGCUUUGCGGGGCUGCUCACUGAAAGUAGGGGAUGACUGCUUCUCUCUGCGUCGCUGUUGCCUGCCCCAACCAGGAGAAACCUCCAACCUCAUCAUCAUGCGGGGGGCUCUGGCCAGCACCAGGCCACUCAACCUCAGCCAGCUCAGCUUCCACCGGGUCAACCAGAAGGAGAUCACCCAGCUGUCCCACUUGGGUCAGGGUACAAGGACCAAUGUGUAUGAGGGCUGCCUACGAGUGGAGGGCAGUGGGGGCCCUGAGGAGGGCAAGAUGGACGACGAGUUCCCCCCCGGGCCCAGCAGGGACUGUGGGCAGGAGCUGCGAGUGGUCCUUAAAGUGCUGGAUCCUAGUCACCAUGACAUUGCCCUGGCCUUCUAUGAGACAGCCAGCCUCAUGAGCCAGGUCUCCCAUGUGCACCUGGCCUUCGUGCAUGGCGUCUGUGUGCGCGGCCCUGAAAAUAUCAUGGUGACAGAGUACGUGGAGCACGGGCCCCUGGACGUGUGGCUGCGGAGGGAGCGGGGCUGUGUGCCCAUGGCUUGGAAGAUGGUGGUGGCCCAGCAGCUGGCCAGCGCCCUCAGCUACCUGGAGAACAAGAACCUGGUUCACGGUAAUGUGUGUGGCCGGAACAUCCUGCUGGCACGUCUGGGGCUGGAGGAGGGCACCAGCCCCUUCAUCAAGCUGAGUGAUCCCGGCGUGGGCCUGGGCGCCCUCUCCAGGGAGGAGCGCGUGGAACGGAUCCCCUGGAUGGCCCCUGAGUGCUUGCCAGGCGGGCCCAAUAGCCUAGGCACUGCCACGGACAAGUGGGGCUUUGGUGCCACCCUCCUCGAGAUCUGCUCUGAUGGAGAGGCCCCCCUUCAGAGUCGCAGCCCCUCCGAGAAAGAGCGUUUCUACCAGAGGCAGCACCGGCUGCCCCAGCCCUCCUGCCCAGAGCUGGCCACACUCACUGGCCAGUGUCUGACCUAUGAGCCAACCCAGAGGCCAUCAUUCCGCACUAUCCUGCGUGACCUCACCCGGCUGCAACCCUACACUCUUCCAGAUCUUGCUGAUGUCUUGACUGUGAACCUGGACUCACCUGCGUCAGACCCUACUGUUUUCCACAAGCGCUAUUUGAAAAAGAUCCGAGAUCUGGGCGAGGGCCACUUCGGUAAGGUCAGCUUGUAUUGCUACGAUCCGACCAACGAUGGCACUGGCGAGAUGGUGGCGGUGAAAGCCCUCAAGGCAGACUGCGGCCCCCAGCACCGCUCAGGCUGGAAGCAGGAGAUUGACAUUCUGCGCACGCUCUACCACGAGCACAUCGUCAAGUACAAGGGCUGCAGCGAGGACCAAGGCGAGAAGUCGGUGCAACUGGUCAUGGAGUACGUGCCACUGGGCAGCCUCCGAGACUACCUGCCCCGGCACAGCGUCGGGCUGGCCCAGCUGCUGCUCUUCGCCCAGCAGAUCUGCGAGGGCAUGGCCUAUCUGCACGCGCAGCACUACAUCCACCGAGACCUAGCCGCGCGCAACGUGCUGCUGGACAACGACAGGCUGGUCAAGAUCGGGGACUUUGGCCUAGCCAAGGCCGUGCCCGAAGGCCACGAGUACUACCGUGUGCGCGAGGAUGGGGACAGCCCCGUGUUCUGGUAUGCCCCAGAAUGCCUGAAGGAGUAUAAAUUCUACUAUGCGUCCGAUGUCUGGUCCUUCGGGGUGACCCUGUAUGAGCUGCUGACGCACUGUGCCUCCAGCCAGAGCCCCCCCACGAAAUUCCUUGAGCUCAUAGGCAUCACCCAGGGUCAGGUGACAGUACUGAGACUCACUGAGUUGCUGGAACGAGGGGAGAGGCUGCCACGGCCCGACAAAUGUCCCUGUGAGGUCUAUCAACUCAUGAAGAACUGCUGGGAGAUGGAGGCAUCCUUCCGCCCAACCUUCCAGAACCUCAUACCCAUCCUGAAGACAGUCCAUGAGAAGUACCAAGGCCAGGCCCCUUCGGUGUUCAGUGUGUGCUAAGUCACAGUGGCAGCCCUGCCUGGGAGGAUUGGGCCAGGCAGCGGCCGCAGAGGGGGCCUCCUGCUCCUUACCCCAGGAGGAAGCCAGGAGGGCGAAGUCAUCAACCACACCCUGUGACUCACUCCUAUCUGGAGACCCCACCUCUGUGAACUGACUUUUCUUCCAUGGCCAUAAGUCUAACCAUGAUCUUGAGGGACCCAAGAUGUGUGGGGCACUAAUCCAGCCCCUGAAUCCCCAGCUCCCAAACUUCCCCACCAUUUCCACCGUCUGGUAAUAAACUCCUGUUUCCUCUG